CACUCGAGCGGUCGAUCCGUCGAUUCGAAAAAUCUAUCGACGCAGGAAUCGCGACAUCACGCGGGGUCAGAGGUCGCGACACAAGCGCGUGCGUUACCCUGCGACGUUCAUCGCUACCCCGCAACUGCGUUACCCCGCGGCUGCGUUACCCCGAGGAGAGCGGAAGAUGGCGUCGCGGGGAAAGAGCGAGACGGACAAGCUGAGACGGAACCUGGAGGAGCAGCUGGAUCGCUUGGUGCAGCAGCUGCACGACCUGGAGCGGUGCCGGGAGGACAUGGAGGCCGAGGAGUACGAGGAGACCAAGGCGGAGACGCUCGAGCAGCUCUCGGAAUUCAACACCGCCCUGCAAAAGAUCGUCGCCGGCGACAUGACCCUGGUGGACGACCUGGGCGCCAUGCAGCUGGCUAUCCAGGCCGCAAUAAGUCAAGCUUUCCAAACCCCAGAAGUGAUCCGGAUGUUUGCGCGGAAGCAGCCAGGCCAGCUCCGCACACACAUGGCCCAGUUGGAGAGAGACGUGCUGGUGGGUAAGCUCCCAAGAGAUGUCUACUCGUUACAGAAGGCUGAAACUCUCAUGGCACUCCGGAAACUCGGCGACGCGCUGAGCGCCGAGGAGGAGGCGUUCCUGUCGGCCAACGCCUCGGCGGCCCUCAGCCAACUCGAGCGCGUGACCGACGACCUCGGGUCAGCUGAUAAGGUGUUGGCACUGGCAAGCUCCGAGGUGGUGAAAGUUAAAAAGUAAAGUUAAACUCCUACUCUGGUGGCUUAAAGUGCAGCUGUGCUGACUCCAACUUGGCGCAGAGCACGAGUUCUACACACGCGCACACUUACACGCAUUCACACACUGCCACACACGCUCAGCAUUACGCACAUUCUACACGCGCGCAGUGCUUUGGGCGCGAUGCGUGCGAGCGUUCUCCACAUGCUCAGCGCUUGCACACUUGGCAACGUGAUGUAGCGGUGCUUGUGCACGGCACGAUCCACGUGCACAUUAAACUUGCAUAGACGCAUGGGGAAGCACGGCGGUUCCCCGUGCUGCCCUCUGGACGCAGUUACCCUCUGCUGAAACGCUCACGUUGUUCCUGCCCCUAAAUGAACUAUCAAACUACUCGGCAGCGUUUUUCCGUCUGUGUAAUUCACGGUACUGCUGCCCCACUAUUCAAUGUCUCCACACUAAAAACUCUGAUUUAUGCGGAGUCAAAAAUAGAUUGUAAUUAAAAGUUGUUUAGAUGGUUUUCAAUAAACUUAAACGUUGGUAUAAA